CAUUCCGGAUGAUGCUGCCACACGCAUGCGCUGCCGUAAAUGUCACAUUCCGGAAAGUCGCCACCCCAAGAAUCAGUCUGUACAAAUUCAGUGUACCAUUUGGAUUUCAAUUAGGAAAACGAAGGCUUUCUUCUGAAAAUUGCUUAAAAUGCCGUGUGUUGGUUGUGGAAAGGAUUGCAAGUGCACGCCGGAGAAGUGCUGCGAGAAGUGCAAGUGCCAAAACCCCGGACACUGUGGAUGCAAUCCCUCGAAUGCCACCGCCUCGGGCGGAUGUUGCAAGAAGGAUGGCGACACAGCGGGCGGCGAUGCCAAGGCAAGUUGCUGCGGCGCAAAGAAGUAGAUGCCCAUGCCCAAAUCCAAGCCCAUUGAUGCGAGAGGAAAAAUACUUUUUUCCUUUUAUUUUUCGAUGGCCAUAACUGCUAGUGAGCUGUUAUCAUUAAAUACAUUUAUUGUUUAAUCGAAACAAAACCAAGAGUUCUAUAAAUUUACUGCACAAGAUAAACUAAUGACCUAUACCAGCA